GGGAGACAUCAUCCUCCAACCAUGCUGGCUGGGGUGUUGACUCAAUCCAGACAUGAGGACAGACGCCGUGCCCUGCCCAGCAGACCUUACAGCUUUACAUCAAUGCAACUGAGUCACACGCAUCCUUUGCCUGGACCACACAAUACCUGAUAAAAUCACAUCAGCUCCAGUCCUACUCACCCAGGAGGACAUUGCCUUGGAGACUGCCCCGCCCCGUCUCCCCCUAGAAGCCUUCAUUGAUCUUGUUGAGUCCAAUACUGGAUGACCAAGGCCCAAUGGAGUUUCAGUGCACAGAAGAGGAUCCUGGACCUGGGAUACUCAGACCGGAUUUGGGAGACCAGCGACAACCCAUCACUCAGUCCCAGCACUGGUGCUGUCUGCAACGUGGCUGUGCGGUACUGGGAGCCCUGGGGCUGCUGGCUGGAGCCGGUGUCGGCUCAUGGCUCCUAGUACUGUAUCUAUGGCCGGCUGCCUCUCCACCCAUCUCUGGGACCUUGCAGGAGGAGGAGAUGACUCUGAACUGUCCAGGAAUCAGCAAUGAGGAAGAGCUUCUCCCAUCUCUUCCCAAAACAGUAUCUUUCAGAAUAAAUGGUGAGGAUCUCCUGCUUGAAGUGCAAGUAAAGGCUCAGCCAAACUGGCUCCUGGUGUGCGACGAGGGCUGGACCCCCGCCCUGGGGAUGCGCGUUUGCCAGAGUCUCGGGCACCUCAGGCUCACUCAGCAAAAGGCAGUGAAUCUGUCUGACAUCAAGCUCACCAGAUACCAGGAGUUUGCUCAGCUGUCAGCUAGACUGGGAGGCCUCCUACAGGAGGCAUGGCAGCCCAGCUCUAACUGUCCUUCUGGCCGGAUUGUUUCUCUCAAAUGUUCUGAGUGUGGGGCAAGGCCUCUGGCGUCUCGGAUAGUUGGUGGUCAAGCUGUGGCUUCUGGGCGCUGGCCAUGGCAAGUGAGUGUGAUGCUUGGCUCCCGGCACACGUGCGGGGGCUCUGUGCUGGCACCCCACUGGGUAGUGACUGCUGCCCACUGCAUGUACAGUUUCAGACUGUCCCGCCUGUCCAGCUGGCGGGUUCAUGCAGGGUUGGUCAGCCACAGUGCUAUCCGACAACACCAGGGAACUAUGGUGGAGAAGAUCAUUCCCCACCCUUUGUACAGCGCCCAGAACCAUGACUAUGAUGUGGCCCUCCUGCAGCUCCGGACUCCACUCAACUUCUCAGACACCGUGGGCGCUGUGUGCUUGCCAGCCAAGGAGCAACACUUUCCAAGAGGGUCGCAGUGUUGGGUGUCUGGCUGGGGCCACACCGACCCCAGCCACACUCAUAACUCAGACAUGCUGCAGGACACAGUGGUACCCCUGCUCAGCACCCACCUCUGCAAUAGCUCAUGCAUGUACAGUGGGGCACUCACACACCGUAUGCUGUGUGCCGGCUACCUGGACGGAAGGGCAGAUGCAUGUCAGGGGGACAGCGGAGGACCCCUAGUGUGUCCCAGUGGUGACAUGUGGCACCUCGUAGGGGUGGUCAGCUGGGGUCGUGGCUGUGCAGAGCCCAAUCACCCAGGCGUCUAUGCCAAGGUAGCAGAGUUCCUGGACUGGAUCCACGACACUGUGCGGGUCCGCUAGCUACAGGAGAAGCAGCUGCAGCCUCGGAUGCAGAACUGUGGGUCUCCCAUGGAUCAUCCCAGUCGGAGGGCCAGCAGCUGUGUCACUGGACCUUUCUCCUAAGGCUCUGAUUUCCAGUUCCUCUUUCUCAUUGGAGAGCCUCCACAUCAGGAAAGAGGCUGGAACUGGAUUGGGAAUGAUGGGGAGAGGAAGGGGUAAGAGGAGAAGGGACAGAAGAGGCUUCUGGAAGCAUCUGGGAGACUUCUUCUGCCCUCCCUGGACUCCAUGUGCAUCUAUUGGGAGGAUGCUGGAGGUGCCCCAAACCUGCUUUCUCCUGGAGCCUCAGGAGGGCUAAGUCCAACUCUAGAGAAUACUCUAUCUCCAGGGUUCCUGGGCAGAUAAGGUCAAGGUUGGACUAGCUCAGGUAAAAACAAGGAAGUCAGGAUCCUCCCCCCUACCCCACUGGUCCUGUUCUGAGCUAACUCUAGUAGCCCUGCAUGAGGCAGGAGUCUAUAAUGCAAGAAAGAUGGAACUGGGCUAGGAUGCCAUUUUUCAAAUAACAGUUCUGGGAAUUGAUUAAAAGAGUUUUGUUAUUAAAUGGAAAUUGUAUAUAA